AUGGUGUAUGAUGUGAAGAGCUCCCAGCUCAUCAACUUUGCCGAGCCCCAAUCCGGUGGCUUGCUCCUCACCACCAACACCACCUCCCACUCAUCGCGCUUCCUCUCAAACAUCGCUGACUACGGCUCGAGGGGCGCCGAACACAUCUCCCCUGAUAGGCACGUAUUCAAGAUAGGCGACCACAACCCGGCUGCAGCUGUGCAAGCUGCUACGCCGUCGUCCUAUCCGCAGUACAACGAUCCUCCUGCAACCGUUCUGCAGGCUUCGACCAACGCUGGUGGCAGGAGCAAGCAGAGGCAUCACAUUGCUGAUCCGGUAGCUUCGGGCGCAGCAUCUUACGCACACUCGAGCUCCCUACCCGCCGGACCGACUCGACGAACAGCAGCAGCAGCCUCGCACACCAAGAACGUCUUUUCCAUCUCAACACAGCGCUGGGCGAAGCGGCUAGCAGACAUGGCGUCUCCCUAUCCCUCCACAGCCAAUGGCGACGGUCCCCGUGUAGAUGCGCCACGCGAAGUGUCCAUCGGCGUCGGCACGGUCUAUGACCAAACUGCCUUUUCUUCAAAUGGCUACACCCGACCAGACGACUCGCACCCCCCUCUCCGAUCGCACUACUUUCUCUCGCGCAAUGAGAUCCUGAAAGGCGUAGCGAACCGCUUCGUUCACUCGUCCGCCUAUCUCUACUUCUACGCCUCCAUGGCCCUCGCUUCGCUCCUCACAGUGAUCAUCAGUCUCACAUCCGACUGUCCCGGAUCGCUGUUCUACGGUCUCGAGCUAGCGAUCAACCUCCUACUCAUCGCUGAAGUAGGCAUCCGCCUCGUAGCUUUCGGCAAGCAAUUCUGGAAGUCCACAUACAACGUGGUCGACCUCUUCCUCGUCCUGCUAUGCGCGGUGACGUUGCUGGUCAUCUUUUUUCAUCAUGAAUGCUCGCCCUUCCGCCGACCCUCGGAGGACGGCGAACCGGGGAGAUCGGGGAAAGGAGAGGAGCUGUUGGAUUCCAUCCUGCUGAUCGGGAGGAACGUCGUUCAGGCGCUUAGGCUGGUCUCGAUCGUAAGGAGGUCAGGAAGCAACGUCACGAGCAGACCGAGCAGAAUUGAGAUUGGGAACAGACCAUACUCGCUAGAUCUGGAUCUCGAGGAUGAAGGUGCGAUGGCAAGGGACAGGAUCAGGAUAGGUGAGGAGGAGAGGGCGCCCCUCUUCGAUGCGGAGGAGGAUGAGCUUUGA